UCUGCAUUCAACAAAUACCUUUUUACCAAUAUUAUAAAAUACCCCCACCACUAAUACCUCAGCCAAUAACCCUUUACCUCAGCCAAUAACUUUUUUUUCCCUCCAUUUUUUUUUCGAUACCAGCAAAUUACAAUCCCCACUGUUCUUCGAUCCCCUAGCUUCAUCCGAUAACCCUGUUAUUCGAUACCAGCCAAUAACCCUCUGUUAUCUUCACCUCUAUGGCGUCCCAACUUCACCCUGCAGUCACCGUUAAUAACAUCCGUACCCUUAUUCCCGUCACCCUGGAUAUUGAAACCGGCCAUUACACAACGUGGUCGGAACUGUUCAAAAUCCAGUGCAAAUCGUUUCAAGUUUAUGAUCACCACCAGCCUCGUGUCUCUCCUGCUACUUCGUCAUCGGACAAAGACAAAGACAAAGACAAAGAACAAGCGCCGGCCGAAACCUGGGAACGGCUGGAUUCGAUUGUUCUGCAAUGGAUUUACGGAACAAUUUCCUCCGAUCUUUUACACACCAUUCUGAAACCCAACACAACUGCUUAUGAUGCUUGGACCGUACUCGCAAAUCUGUUCCAAGACAAUAAAGCUUCUCGAACAAUCGACCUAAACAACCGAUUUGCCAGUACCCGUCUUGAUCAGUUCUCAUCCAUGAUCGCCUACUGUCAAGCCAUGAAAGUAAUAUAUGAUCAGCUCACAAACAUUGGAUCUCCGAUCACCGAUGAACAGCUUGUGUUACAGAUCCUGACCGGGCUCACGGAACAGUACGAGAGUGUGGCCCUCAUCAUUCAACAAACAAAACCCCUGCCCACUUUCUAUGAAACCAGGUCACAACUAUGUAUGGCAGAGACUCGCAAAAUAAAUCGAGCCAAACAGGCUGCUCACCUCGCCGGCACAGCUCUAACCGCAACAACUGAUCAUAGCAGAACUUCAGAUGCACGGCAACCAGAAAAUCGACCUGAUUCGGAACGCGGCCGUGGUCGCGGACGUGGUAGAGGUCGCGGAAGGGGCAGAGGGUCCUCUCGAGGUCGCGGUGGAUGGAGUCCUUCUGGUUACCCGGCUGGCCGCGGCGGCUGGAACACCUCCAACACCGGCGGUUGGAUCAACUCGAACACAACUAUGCCACCGCCACAAUUUAACUGGCACCCCUAUUCUUCUUCACCUUGGGCCGGCCCACAACAACCACAACAUUGGGCUAAUUGGACUGUUCCCCCCUGCCCAUACCCCACUGCCCCCAAAUCAAACAGUGCUGGGCCAGGUGUUUUGGGCCCUCGGCCACCCCAAACUUAUGCAGCCAGUCAAGCUUCUACGGAUAGCUACACACCAACGGACCUGACCCAGGCUCUCUAUCACAUGGCACUUCAUCCGCCCGAUCAAAAUUGGACAAUGGACACAGGAUCUCAAGACCAGGACUCCUAUCCUACGAUGCAAUAGUUCUGGUGACCUCUACACAUUGGAUCCCACACAAGUCUCAAAGUUCACCUCACCCUCCACCUUCACUGCUGUGUCUCAAGAUCUUUGGCAUCAACGCCUUGGCCACCCUGGCACAAAUUUAUUGCAUUCUCUUAAAAGUUCAAAUUUUAUUGAUUGUAAUAACUCAAAAACUAAAGUAUGUCAAUCGUGUGUCUUUGGUAAACAUGUUCGA